AUGGCUUCACCAAAUAAGGCACAGAUUCUAGCUGCCCAGGGACGCACCCCCGGGACCGCUGAUUCUUGGCAUGGAAAAAUAACCCCAGAGGGUCCUUUCGCGCCCGAAGCCGGCCGUUACCGACUCUAUAUUGGCCUCUUUUGUCCCUAUGCCCACCGCGCCAACCUAGUUCGCCACCUCAAGGGCCUCAAGGAUAUCAUUCCUUUGACCAACGUCAAGCCGUAUCCCAAGGGCAACGACGAGGGCUACCCCGGAUGGCAGUUUCCGGCCACGGCAGACGAGUACGCCGGCUCAGAUGUCGAUCCUUUAUUCGGCGCCAAGUACCUGCAUGAACUUUACUUCAAGGACGACCCCUACUACAAAGGCCGAUACAGCGUGCCGCUGCUCUGGGACACCAAGACCAGCGCCGCGGUCAACAACGAGUCCCUCGAGCUACUGCGGGACCUACAGACGGCCUUCGACUCGCUGCUUGCCGAGGGCUCGGCCGAGCGGGAACUCACCCUGUACCCAGACGACCUGAGGCAACAGAUCGACGACGUGUCAACCUGGCUCCUCCCGCACCUCUGCAACGGCGUAUACCGGGCCGGCUUCAAUCCCACGCAGGAGGGAUACGACGCCAGCGUACCCUUUGUCUUUGCGGCUCUGAACAAGCUCGAGAAGCUGAUCCGCUCCAACGGGGGGCCCUACAUCCUCGGAAACCGGCUGACGGAGCUGGACUUGACCGCCUACGCCACGGUGGUGCGCUUUGAUGCCAUCUACGUGCAGCACUUCAAGUGCAACCUCGGCACCGUGCGGCACGACUACCCGCAGGUCAACAACUGGCUGAAGAACCUGUACUGGAACGUGCCCGGGUUCCGGGAGACGACCGACUUUAAGCACAUCAAGGAGAAUUAUACAAAGUCGCACGCGAGCAUCAACCCCCUGGCCAUAACCCCCAUGGGCCCGUGGCCUGAGGUGGAGGAGGGCUACGAGGCCGACCUGAGCAAGGUACGUGUCGGAGGUGUUAAGAUGCCUAAAGUGCUGGAGCUCGAAGAGGCCCUGGUGGGGAAGUUGUGA